UGGCCGGUCUCGUUCCCAUAGUCGAUGGUAGCCGUAGUCGUUCGGUCUAGCAUCGGUUGUAUUUUUGCAAGCACUCGAAAACAUUAUUAAUCUCGACCUCAUUGCUUCAACUUGUGUCGCCUGUUGUAACAACUCGUAAGGAGAUAUACCACAUUUAUUCACCUUUUUAAUCAGUACGACGGUGGUGCAACGGGAUUGAGAGGAAAAAAGAAUAGGAUACGAGUAAAGAAAUAAACGUAAAAGAAAAAAAUUAAAAAAAAAACUAACAAGAGAGAAGAAGAGAGUCGGACCUCCCCAUUUGUGUAGCAGCGAUGGCGGUGUUGGUGGUGCCGACGAGAACACUCUCCCUUCGUCUUGCACUCCCGGAGCUUUCCCCUCGCGAGUGAUAUAUUUUAAGAAUGGAGUAGACUUUUUAAAUGCCAUGAAAGAAAAAAAAAAUAUGUAUAAUCAACCGUCAAUUCGUUCAUUGCAGUCCUGGCAUCCUUAUCAAUUAAAGAUUAACAAUCGACGAAAAAUGAGUUCGAGUACUUGUUAUAAAUGCCACCGAAUGGGUCACUUCGCGCGGGAAUGCCCCCAGGGUAAUACCGGCGGACCAAGAGGAGGAGGAGGAGACCGUGGAGGACGCAGUGACAGAGACGGCGGUGGUUUCGUUCGAGGCCGCGAGAAGUGCUUCAAGUGUAACCAAUUUGGACAUUUUGCUCGUGACUGUAAAGAGGAUCAAGAACUUUGCUACCGCUGCCAUGGUGUAGGACACAUCGCAAAAGAUUGCCAACAGGGACCCGACUUGAAUUGUUACAUCUGCAACAAACAAGGUCACAUGGCCCGUAGUUGCCCAGAGGGUGGCAAUGAUUCCGCACGUUUUACUCAGAAUUGCUACAACUGCAAUAGACCAGGACACCUUGCACGUAAUUGCCCCGAAGGAGGCGGCAAAGUUUGCUACAUUUGUGGCAAAGGCGGUCACAUAAGCCGUGAAUGUGACCACGAUGACAGGAAGUAGGAGACAACAAUAAUCUGAGGCGCUCGCUUAACGAUUGCGAUUAGCCGUUUAGCGUGGUGCACAACGCCUACAUCGAGAAUUGUAUCUAGGUAGAGGAUAAUUAUGUUGAAACAAUGUUAUAUUGUCAGCUUAAGUUAACGCGGUUUGAUGUGCGUAAAUACUAAGUCUUUUUAUAUAUAUUAAACAUUGUUUCGUAGUAAUUAAUCUCUACUGACGCGUCAUAUCUCGGUUGCCCAAUACACCACAAUAAUCUCCUAUUAUAAUCCCGGUCCUAAAAUCCUGAAUAAAUAUUCCUCUCUAUUUCCCUGUUUAUUAAAUUCGAUUUCCCUUUUACAAAGUAUACCCGAAGUUGUUCUCUUCGUAAAUAAAAAAGGCUUAACAUUUUUUUUUUUUUUUUUAAAUUAUAAUUAUAAUAAUGCCUUUAAGUUUUUUUAAUUGUUACACCGAUCACGUGCGCGUGCGCGCAACGACAUGGACACUAUUAUUAUUAAUAUUAUAAUUAUACCUGUGAGGAUGAAGAAAGCUUGAUGGCGAUGAUGAUGAUGAUGAUGAUAAUGAUGAUGGUCGUGAUAAUGGAGAUGGUACACGAGAUGAGGAAGAUUUAAAUAUUUAUCGAAAAAAAAAAACUUACAGAUACAGUACAUUAUUAAUAAGAUGUAAUAAUAAUUAUGACAAAAAAAAACGAAUGAAAGAUUAAGUACAUUUGAUUGAUCUAGCUAAUGUGUAGGUAUGAAUCCUCAGCUCCUAUUUUUAUCUUCUGCUUGUCUCGUAAUGGCAUGUUGCGAUGCAAGGUGUCUGGAUUUUUUUUCGUGUUGACCAUAAUCACAAUUGAUGUGAAAAUAAAGAUAAAGGAAACUUAUAAAAAAUUGAUGAGAUAACAAAAAAAAUUACUGAUAAUUGUAUUGUACAUUAACUAUUAUUAUUAUUAUUGUAAUAACACAAAAUGGCUUUUUUUUAUUGUAAACCGUGAAUAUUCAUUCACGGUCAAUCAUGAAUAUUUUGUUUUAAUUUAAUGAUGAUUAUAUGGUUGGAACAUAAAAAUUUUUUCUUGUAUAAAAUGAAGACUGAAUUGAACAGGCUUUUAAUUUUGAUUUUCUUAAGUAAAUGAGAGUUACAAAUGGGUAAA